GAUACAUAGCGUUUUGGAAUGAAACUCUUCUAAUGUUUCCCCAUCUGAGCUCAGAGUAGAUGAGAGAUGUAAUGUUUGUCUCUGUUGUGUUGAAGUCCAAUCAAGCAGGAGAGACCAGCCUCCCCUGUACCCAGCUGUGUGUCCAUGAAGAGUGACAAGUCUAUGGAAUAUCCUAUACGGUUUAGAGAGGGAGACUUUUCUACUGAACAAAGAAACCAACAGGAGAGAUCGGAGUCAGAGAUUCUCAGUGGUCAGUCUUCCCAGAGUCAUCAAACAGACCUGGCCUCCAUAUUCAGUUUGCUUGAAGAGAAAAUUAUGACAUUUGUGAAGAACGAGCUGAAGAUGUUCAAGAGGAUUCUUAGUCCAGAACUCCCAGAAGGCUUUGAGAGUCAGAAGCAAGAAGUGGUGGAUGCUGAAUAUGAGAAGCAGGAGAGCAGUGCCAGAGAGGGGGCUCUGAAGAUCACACUGCACAUCCUGAGGAAAAUGAACCAGAAGGAGCUUGCUGAGACACUGGAGAACUAUUCAGAUGAGUUUGCUGUGAUUUGCCAACGUGAACUCCAAUCUAAUCUAAAGAAGAAGUUUCAAUGUGUAUUUGAGGGGAUCGCUAAACAAGGAAACCCAACACUUCUCAAUAAGAUCUACACAGAGCUCUACAUCACAGAGGGUGGAACAGGAGAGGUCAAUAAUGAACAUGAGCUGAGACAGAUUGAGACAACAACCAGGAAACAAGCAAGACCAGAGACUCCAAUCAAAUGUAACGACAUCUUCAAACCCUUAACUGGACAAGACAAACUUAGCAGAACUGUGUUGACAAAAGGAGUCGCUGGCAUUGGAAAAACAGUCUCUGUGCAGAAGUUCAUUCUGGACUGGGCUGAAGGAAAAGCAAAUCAGGAUGUCCAAUUUUUAUUUUCAUUCCCUUUCCGGGAGCUGAAUUUGAUGAAAGAGAACAAACACACUUUCAUUGAACUUCUCAAUUACUUCUCAAUGGAUACCAAACAAUCAAGAAUCUCCAACUAUGACAAGUACAAAGGUCUGUUCAUCUUUGAUGGUCUGGAUGAGUGCCGACUGCCCCUAGACUUCCAGAAUAACAAGAUCUGUUGUGAUGUCACAGAGUCAACCUCAGUGGAUGUUCUGCUGACAAAUCUCAUCAAGGGAAAUCUGCUUCCUUCUGCUCUCAUCUGGAUAACUACCCGACCUGCAGCAGCCAAUAAGAUCCCUUCAUGUUGUGUUGACCAGGUGACAGAGGUGCGAGGGUUCAAUGACCCACAGAAGGAGGAGUACUUCAGGAAGAGAUUCAGUGAUGAGGACCUGUCCAGCAGAAUCAUCUCACACAUAAAGACAUCAAGGAGCCUCUACAUCAUGUGCCACAUUCCAGUCUUCUGUUGGAUUUCUGCAAUAGUCCUUGAACACAUGCUGAAACAUAAGAGAGAAGAGAUGCCCAAGACUCUGACUGAGAUGUACACACACCUUGUGGAGUUUCAUGCCAAACAGAAUAAUGAAAAGUAUCUUGGGAAAGAAGAGACAGGUCCAAACUGGAAUAAAGAGAGCAUUCUGUCACUGGGCAAACUGGCUUUUCAACAGCUUUUGAAUGGCAAUAUGAUUUUCUAUGAGGAAGACCUUAAAGACGCUGGUGUUGAUGUCAAUGAAGCCUCAGUGUACUCAGGAUUGUACACACAGCUCUUUAAAGAGGAAUUUGGGCUGUACCAGAACAAGGUGUACUGCUUUGUGCAUUUGAGCAUUCAGGAGUUUCUGGCUGCUGUAUAUGUGUUCCUCUCAUUCAUCAACAACAAUGAGAAUCUAAUGACCGAACCGCAAUCAACGUCCAGUAACUAUUUUGCACUGAAGCCUGAAGCUACUGUCUAUAAGAGUGCUGUGGAUAAAGCCUUACAAAAUGAGACGGGAAACCUGGACCUUUUCCUCCGCUUCCUACUGGGCCUCUCACUGGAGUCCAAUCAGAACCACUUACAAGGUCUACUGUCAAAUACAAGAAGCAGCUCACAGAGCCAUGAAGAUACAGUCAAGUACAUCAAGAAGAAGAUCAAGGAGAAUCCCUCUCCUGAGAGGAGCAUCAAUCUGUUCCACUGUCUGAAUGAACUGAAUGACCAUUCUCUGGUGGAGGAAGUCCAAAGCUACCUGAGAUCAGGAGGUCUCUCAGAAGCCAAACUGUCACCUGCACAGUGGUCAGCUCUGGUCUUUGUGUUGCUGACUUCAGAAAAGGAGCUGGAUGUGUUCGACCUGAAGAAAUUCUCCAGAUCAGAGGAAGGACUUCUGAGGCUGCUGCCAGUGGUCAAAGCCUCCAGAACUGUUCUGCUGUCAGGCUGUGGAGUCACAGAAGAAGGCUGUGCUUCUCUGGUCUCAGCUCUGAGGUCAAACCCCUCACACCUGAGAGAGCUGGAUCUGAGUAACAAUGACCUGAAGGAUUCAGGAGUGGAGCUGCUCUCUGCUGGACUGGGGAAUCCCCACUGUAAACUGGAGACUCUGAGUCUGUCAGGCUGUCUAGUCACAGAGGAAGGCUGUGCUUCUCUGGCCUCAGCUCUGAGGUCAAACCCCUCACACCUGAGAGAGCUGGACCUGAGCUACAAUCACCCAGGAGACUCAGGAGUCAGACUGCUCUCUGCUGGACUGGAGGAUCCACACUGCAGACUGGAGAAACUCAAUGUGGAACAUGGUGGAGAGAAUACAAUGAAACCUGGGCUUAGAAAAUGUGAGUGUUGACUGCUGUGAAGAAUAUGACUAAGAAUAAGUCUUAAUUCAAGUUAAGUCAAAGUCAAAGACCACCAUCAUUACUUACUUGGUCAUAUUAAAUAUCAGCUGUAGUUCUACAGAAGUAGAAAUCAGGGACACCAAAGUUUACAAAGAGUUGCUUUGACAAUGUGUGUGUGUGUGUGUGUGUGUGUGUGUGUGUGUGUGUGUGUGUGUGUGUGUGUGUGUGUGUGUGUGUGUGUGUGUGUGUGUGUGU